GAGCGCAGUGGCGAGAUGAGCGCGCCGCUGUCCGCGGCCGAGGCACUCUCAGCUCUACUGUGGCAGCCUUACGAUUGCCGUUCGCCGCCCCUCUUGCGCUCCCGCACCGAUGGCGCUCUUGCAAGCGUGUACGUCGUCGGCGCGGGGGACGAGGCGCACACGCUCCAGUCGCCAAACGGCGGUCGUCAUGCGCGCGCGUCGUACCGCGCGAAUACUCCCCGUCACGAGAUGCGGCUGCCAGUACCGGCGCCCGCUCCUCUGCGUAAAUCGGACUCGGUCUCGGUGCGUGUGCCCGGCGAGCCGAGCCGAUCAAACGUGUGCAAUGUGAACAUAGUGCAGGUGCAAGAUGCACCACCAGGUCCCAACGUGAACAGUGAGGUGCAGACGGAGAGAGAAAGGAGUGUAGCGAGCGCGGAAUGUCAGACAGAGGAGCCUGCGCGGCGGCGGCGAGCGCGGCGUGCGCGGGCGCCUCGCGUUCCCGAUCUGCUAGAGAGUGUUCCGCCGCCGCCGUACAGCACGCUGCCGCCGCCCAUGCACCCGGUGCCGGUGGCUGUACCACCACCACCCGCGCCCAUCGUGGCGCCUCUUCCUCCACCAGUGCAUCGGUUUCCGUUCCAACCUAUACCUCUCAGAUCAGGAAGAGGUGCAGCAUAUGCGUGUUCAGAAGGGGAGGGCAAUGCUCCCAAGUCGUGUUGCGGUCGACCCCCACUUAGACUAUGCGUCUUGUUCCUCGGUGUUGUUGGCGCCUGUCUUGUGGCCGCUGGUGCUGUGUUGGGAGCACUGAGGCCGCAUCCGAGAGCACCACUCACGUUACUGUUACUUAUGAUAGGCAUCGGUGUCGUGCUAGUGACAGCGGCCGGUUUAGCGUGGCGAUUGGGUGCUCGUGACGCUCCCUGCGCUUUGCUGGGGCUCCGGCGGGCAUCGUGUCGUCGCUUAGUAUCCCGCCUUCCACCGAGCUACGCUCGCCCGCACCAUCCUUAUGCGGCCAUGUUGUAUCCGGAGUUUCAUUACAGGCCUCCACCGCCCACCUACCAAGCAUCUAUGCAAGAGUAUAGACUCAGGUUACUUCUCCUAGACAGAAGUGCGCCAGCGGUGUCCCCGCCACCUACAUACAGAUCCAACUCAGCCAGUCUAGUCAGGGGAUCAACAGGAGCUGCGUGGUGUGGCUCCGAAUACAGCGGACCGCCAUCAUAUCGCGCGCCUCGUGCGGACCCACCCGUCACGGUGACAGACGCGCUUCCAACUCUCACUCCCCUUGACCUCAAAUACGCCGACGAUACGAUAGAAUCCUUACCUAAGCCUACAGAACAGGAGAAGGAUCCAGACGAACAUCUCGUGACUAUCGUGCACACAGAGGCUCAACCUGUCAUAGUAACGGUGUCCGGCUCUGCAGCACUAAACGAAACGCACAUGCAGACGCAGCCGCCCUCCGAAAUCGACAUCUUAGCACAUUUAUAACAAACCAGUGGACUUCUAUGAAGCGUAAUGAUCGAACCAAUGUGGUUGGUUUAUAGUGAUACUUCGAGUGCUAUUUGUGAGACGUGAUUAAUGCCCUUAAUACCAUAUAUAAGUGAAUAUAUUAUGUGUUAUAAUUGUGUCCUAUGCAAAGAUAUGAAUGUAUUGUACGAAUUUUAUGAAAUUACAACAUUAUUUAACUGAAUGAAUGAAUUAUCCAAUUCUCUACAUGAAUGCUAUUUCCAAUUCGAUUAAUCUCGAAUCGAAAAUAAAUCAAAUGCACUUUGGGGAGAUCGAAUUUGCCGUUGACUAAAACAAAGCCUAUAAACCCUAUAAACGAUAAUUUUGUGGUAGCGACAAUGUACCAUACAUUCAUUUGUCUGUAUUUUGUUUGAAAUGAAGUGGAUUAAAGUACCUUAUGUAGAUAAGUUAUAUAAUGUAAAUAAAAUGCACUGAUGACUAGGUUUUGAUUUGCUUGAUAUUAGGUUAGCAAAAUGUGCCGUGUAUAUACGAAUAAUAUUAGUUGAAUAAUUAAACCAAAAGCUUCACCGUAAUGUACAACAUACAAACAUGUUAAAUAUAUAGUGCCAAUGGUUGUUUAAUACACGUAUAAUAUUUGUUAAUUAUAUUUCAAUUAUAAUAUUUACUGUUACUUGCUCUGAUAUGCGGAGAAACCUCGCUAUGUAUUUGGGUCGAGAAUUUAUUUGUAUCUCAUUUAUAAUAUUGAUUUAAUAUGUGUUUUCAGCUUUUAUCUAAAUUUAUCUUCUUUGUAACAAGCUAUUAAUAUUUAAAUAGAUUUUAAGAGAAUAGCUGUUUUAAUCGAAUUGUAAAUAUUAUAACUAUGAGCACAUGACAAUCCUUAAUUGAUUAUAAUUAGGCUUGUAACGAAUUCGAAGCUGGCAACAGUUAACUGUCAGCUAGCUUCAAGGUUGUCACUUCUGAAGCUGAAAUUUUCGACAAAUCGAGAAAUACCAAAUGAUAAAUUAAUAACUUAUAAAGAUUUAACGAUAAAAAAAAACUUUUUUGUUACUGUUUGAAUGUAUAAAAAUGUAGCGUCAAUUUUGUGUAAUGAAUGAAUGAAGCAUUGUGUUAAAUGAUUGAUGUAAUUCGUUAGAAGUCUACUAAUAAUAAUGAAUCAUUAAUUAUUAUUCCUUAUUUAAAUCGGAUGCCUGUCACGUAUAGUAUUAUUAGAUAUAGGUAUACUUAUUAUCUUUGAACUUCUUUCAUAUAAAAAGUUACAAAAUUUUUAAUAUUUCCCACAAAUCGAUUUUUUCUAGUACGGUCUUCUUUAUUAUAACAAUAGCAAAAUUAAAUAAAAAUAUGGAUACGUGACGGAACCGUUUUACUCGUUGAUUGAAUAGAUAACAAAUAAAUUAUCAGUGCAGAUCUAAGAUAGAUAAGUUUCAUGUAUCAUAUCUAUUGUUGCUACUAACGAUUGUAACAAUAUAUGUAAUUAUUAUGAUGUACAUAAUGUUAAUUGUAAUAUAAGAACAAAUAAAGAUC